AUGGCCCUUGGACCCCUUGUUUAAAGCUUCUGUUUGCGGAAAGGACUAAUGGUGUGGCAUGGCUUUUAGGUGUGUUUGACGAGGCAUGGAUGCUGACCCAGCAACAGAGGUGAUAACACCAAACAAAUCCAUUUGAAGGGGGGGAAUUUAAUACAAAAGUGGGUUAGCUCGUGGGCUGGGGCAAAACAUAAGGAAAGGUGUGCUCGUGAGAGGCCCUGGGCAGUCGAAGUAAAACUCGAGCCCACAGGGAUGAAAAGGAAGAUGACAAGACCGACCUCGACAUUUUUUAUAUCAUAUAGGGGGAGUUGAGGGUGCUUGUCUUUUAUUGGAUGCUGGUUUCGUUUAGUACUUUGUAAACAAUGUCUGAAGAGCCCAAAAGAGAGCCAAUGAGGGGGUAAAGUCGGUUACAGGGAGUGGAGUAGGAGUCAGUGAUUCUAGCGGGUUCCUUUUAUUUUCCGUCUCUCUCUCUCUCUCUCUCUUUCUCUCUAUUCACACACUUUUGAAACAAGGCCACAAGGAAAAGAUCUUCUCUAUAAAAUAGAUUAAUUCCAAAGGUAAAUUAUUACUUGUUAGGGUGACAAGAACACAUUUUCCUGAACAGCAAUAUGAGAAGGAAACCCAUGAGGUCGAGGUCCAACUUCAUAUGAUUCAGUUUUAUAAUAAAAGAGGAUAUCUCUCUCGAUCUCAGAAAAGCUGCAGCUGAGUAUCUCAGGAAGGACGAGGUUUGAUUAAGGCUUGGAAUUGAAGCAGAAGUUGAAGGAGACACAUGUAGAGCAUCAUUGACGAGAGAUAGGAAUAGUAGAAGGAGGAGAAAUCUUCUCGGAUGGCAAAUCAUAGUGCUGGUGAAACUGGUCUUUCAGAAUCUGGAUCUUCAAGUCAGCCUCUGGCUUAUGGAUUUCAUGGCAUCACACCUGCUGCCACCAAUUUCUUUGAUCAGGAAGGAGCUGCUUAUUUUUGGGAGUUGGAAGCGGCUCUCAUGCAUGGAGUUGCUGGCACUAGAAGUGAUGAAGACAGGAAACCCUUUUUCACAACCAGACCUCCUACUCUUGAAAUCUUCCCCUCAUGGCCAAUGAGAUUCCAACAAACUCCCAAGGAAAACUCACAGCCAGCUGAGAGCACUGAUUCAGGAUCAGCCCAAAACACGAUCUCCCAGCCGGACUCAGAGUCCCCAGCUGUGAGCAUAAAGGCUUCCUUAGAGCAGCCUUCAAAGCAGCAGCAGCAGCAGCAGCAAGGGAUGAUAGCCGGCGAUGCCCCCAGAACGGCAGCUGCACCACCAAAUCAUCAACCCAGGACCCAAGAAAAGAGGAGGAUGGCUGGGUCAACCGCAGAGGAAGAUGGAAAAAUAUUAGAUACGAAGACCUUGAGACGCUUAGCUCAGAAUCGAGAGGCAGCGCGCAAAAGCCGACUGAGAAAGAAGGCUUAUGUACAACAGUUGGAAUCCAGCAGAAUCAAACUUACUCAGAUAGAACAAGAUCUCCAGAGAGCACGAUCGCAGGGUCUGUUCUUUGGAGGAGCUAGUGCAGAUGGAAAUAUCAGUUCUGCUGCAGCAAUCUUUGACAUGGAAUACGCUCGAUGGUUGGAUGAGAACUACAAGCACAUGACAGACCUACGUCGGGGGUUGCAAGCGCACCUCCCCGAGGGCGACCUCAGAGUCAUGGUGGAUGAAUGCCUCACUCACUAUGAUGAGAUCUUCCGGCUGAAAGGAGUCGCUGCCAAAUCAGACGUCUUCCACCUCAUAACUGGGAUGUGGACUACUCCGGCCGAGCGGUGCUUCCUUUGGAUGGGUGGAUUCAGACCUUCUGAGCUGCUCAAGAUUAUAAUACCUCAGCUGGAUCCGUUAACGGAGCAGCAGCUCGUGGGGAUCUGUAACCUUCAGCAGUCAUCACAGCAGGCUGAAGAGGCCCUCUCGCAGGGCCUCGAGCAGCUCCAUCAGUCCCUUGCAGAUACGGUGGCUAGCGGGUCUCUCUGUGAAGGCACCAACGUCGGCAUCUACAUGGAUUCGAUGGGCGUUGCACUCGGGAAGCUUGCCAACCUCGAGGGAUUCGUCCGACAGGCUGAUAAUUUGAGACAACAGACUCUUCACCAGCUGCAUAGGAUUCUGACGGUCCGGCAAGCAGCAAGAUGUUUCUUUGCGAUUGGAGAAUAUCAUAGCCGCCUGCGUGCUCUUAGUUCCCUGUGGGCUUCUCGUCGCCCUCGAGAUGUUUGUAUCAGGAAUUUGAUCACCGACGGAAGCGCCUGCCCUACGACUGCCGACCUACAAAUAAUUCACCAGCCAGUUCACAGUCAUUUUUCUGCCUUCUAACUAAGCCAAUUUAGAAGAUAACCGACACCAUCCACACCUGGUUUCUGCGCUUGUAGCAAUGUCGGCAGCAGCAGGAGGGAAGAGGAGGGAUAGAGAGAGGUGGUAUGUUAUGUGAUUAAUCUCAUGUUACAGGAGUUUUUUACUUAGCCAAAUUUUAGCAAAAGAGGAGCUCUUGAAUAAGAUGGAGAGGCUGAGAACAAAAGAAGAUGAGCUAGGCAAGGACAGGAAUGUGGGUUUCGUUCUUCAAUGAUGAGUAUUUUGAAAGGCUAAGUAUUCUAUCACAAUGUAGAUAAGAAUGAGCACUUUUUUACCAUGAUAGUCCUAUAUUCAUAUAUUUAUAUCUCUGUGUACCUACUAUCCUUAUAGGAUAUAGUAAUGCUGGAUAUGUCAGUCACUGCUUGUUGGGAACGAGACAAAGUAGGAGGUUAAUCUUUAGUGGAUGUUUUUAUUUGUAAGAUAUUGCCA